AUGCUACAUCUCAAACGAUCCAUUUGGCUCGCCUUCAUCUCGGGAGAGAAAGGGGGUCCUCAGGAUGGAAGGGGGAACCUACAUGACCUCAAGCAUGCGUACCUGCAUGACCUGACGGACGACGUAUCGUUUUGGGAUACAGGUUGGGGUGGGCAACUAUCAGGACGUGUGGCCUCCGCCUGUGGCGUGGCGCGAGUCUGUUUUUGGAUGACGAGGGGUCUCUUAGACGAAGACGUGGCCGUUGCGUUUUUGCCAGCGAGCGACGCGCCUGGCGGAGCUUGUGAAGUGGACGCCGCUGGCGGCGAGGCUUUGUUUUCAGAUUUGCCUCCGAGGCUUCUCGACCGAUUAUUCUUCCUCCUCCUUCGGUUCAAUUUAUUCGAUCGUCGUCGCUUAUUUAAGGCACUUCUUCGAAGAGGGUCGGACGACUCGCUCGCAUAA